AUGACCACACGCACCUCGCUCGCCAAGCGGGACGCCAACACGCUCGCGUCCAGCGACCACACCAGCACCGACCACACCAGCGUCAAACGGGCCAGGACGGACAAGGACGAGUUCGAUACGGACGAUGUGGACGACGACGCGCUGCUCGCCGCUGCACUAGAGGCCGAGUCAGCCGCAUCCUCCCAGCCGGCACCGUCGUCGUCGCAGCCCGUACCAUCCACCAGCGAGGCGACGAAAUCCUCACCGCCAGCAAGUCCGAGCAAGACAACGGCAACAGCCACGCCACGCACGUCAAUGCGGCAGACUACGCUGGUGACGCCGUCCAAAGCCGCCCCCAUUACAACACCUGCACAGCCUAGACUGCAACCUCCAGCGGACGAUUCCGACCCGCUGUGGCUGGAGCGUCAGACCAUGUCGCCAGCCUGGUUCGACAUCCUUCGGCCCGAAAUGGCCAAACCCUAUUUUGCGACGCUCAAGUCGUUCCUCGCUGCACAGGACCGCGCAGGAAAAACGACGUACCCGCCUCGCGAGCUGAUCUACUCGUGGUCGCGUCUGGUCCCCUCCCCUCGCCACGUACGCGUCGUCGUCGUCGGCCAAGAUCCCUACCACGGUCCCGACCAAGCGUGUGGGCUGUCGUUCUCCGUUCCCAAGGGUGUACGUACCCCGCCAUCGCUCAAGAACAUCUACAAGGAGCUUGCUGCCGAGUAUCCUUCCUUCCACGCGCCCAACCACGGUUGCCUCGAGGGAUGGGCACGUCAAGGCGUGCUGUUGCUCAACGCGUGUCUUACCGUCUCGGCUGGGGCUGCUGCCUCGCACCACGGUAAAGGCUGGGAAGAGAUGACGAAGCAUAUCCUCAAACGCAUUGCUGACGAAGCCGCCCAGUCGCCGGCGGCCAAAGCAGCGAGUGCAAAUGCGGUCGCCACGUCGACCAUCGCGACUAUGUUUGCAAAGGCCCAGUCGAAUCCAAAGCCCGAAACAAAGCCAGUCCAACCAAAGGAUGGCGAGAGGGAUGGAGAGGAGCAGUGCAAGGGGGUAGUGUUUUUGGUAUGGGGCGCUCCUGCAGCCAAGACGCUCGCAGAGGCAGGUGUGACCGACAAGUCGCCCAACGUCCUCAUCCUCAAGUCCGCCCAUCCAUCACCUUUAUCGGCACAUAGGGGGUUCUUGGGUAACGGACACUUUAAAAGAGCCAACGACUGGCUCGCUCAACGAUACGGCCCCGAUGGAACCAUCAACUGGUCCGACUUGUAA